AUGGGGUCUGAGCCAGCGAGCGGAGCGGGGACCCGCAGGAGACGGGAGAGAUCUCCAGAAGAGGGGCUGCGCGCUGUACACAGUAGACAGUGGGCGAUGGCCAGGCGAGCGCUAAUGACAGUCCUGCUUUUCAGUCUAAUCCUCGCUGGUUCUCUGCUGCUUUGGGGCUACGUUUUCCAGGGCUGUGGUCCUGCCCAGUGUGAGACGCCUGUGUGUCGGGACCUCCUGAGUCUUUACCUGGCCUCUGGAAACACCAGUGUGGCCCCCUGCACUGAUUUCUUUAGCUUUGCCUGUGGAAACACCAACAGGACCACUAGUUCUUUUCAGGCUCUUGCAAAGGAGAACAAGCGCCGACUUCAGAGAAUACUGGAAGCUCCAGGUUCCUGGCGCCUGGACUCUGGGGAGGAGAAAGCCUUCCAGUUCUACAGCUCCUGCAUGGACACAGGUGCCAUUGAGGGUGCAGGGGCUGGUCCCCUCAGACAAGUUAUUGAGGAGCUUGGAGGCUGGCCAAUCUCCGGUGAUUGGACUCCCUUAGACUUUAACCGAACUCUGAGCCUUCUGAUGAGUCAGUAUGGUCACUUCCCAUUCUUCAGAGCCUAUUUGCGACCUCUUCCCACCCCUCCGUACACGCCGGUCAUCCAGAUAGACCAGCCAGAGUUUGAUGUUCCCCUCAAGCAAAAGCAGGAGAUGAACUAUGCCCAGAUCCUGCGGGAAUACCUGACUUACCUGAAUCGCCUGGGAACCUUGCUGGGAGGAGACCCAAACAAGGUGGGAGAACACGCCUCCUUUUCCAUCUCCAUUAACUCACAGCUGUACCAGUUUCUGAGGCCCCCGGAGCAGCAGCAGGCACAGGGAAAGCUCUUCCAGAUGGUCACGAUUGACCAGCUGCAGGAAAUGGCCCCUGCCAUCGAUUGGUUGUCCUGCUUGCAAGCGACAUUCGCACCAAUGUCCCUGAGCCCCUCUCAUCCCGUCGCAGUCCAUGACCUGGAGUAUUUGAAAAACAUGUCGCAACUGGUUGAAAAGCAGCUGUCGAAGCACAGGGACUUCCUGCAGAGCCACAUGAUCUUGGGUCUGGUGGGGACCCUUUCUCCAGCCCUGGACAGUAAAUUCCAAAUGGCACGUAGAUUGCUGAGCCAGAAACUGGGGGAGCUGACAGGACGGCCACCCACGCCCGCCCACCCUCGCUGGAUGACGUGUGUGGAGAAGACGGCAGCCUUCUUCAAGCCUACGCUGGCAGCCUUGUUUGUCCGUGAGGCCUUCGGCCCCAGCACCCGAAGUGCUGCCAUGGAAUUAUUCACUGCGAUCAAGGAUGCCCUCAUCGCUCGCUUCCAGAUGCUUCCUUGGAUGGAUGAAGAGACCCGGGCAAAGGUCCAGGACAAGGUCACCCAGCUGCAGGUGAAGAUGGGGGCCCCGGAAUGGGCCUUGAAGCCAGACCCAGCCAGACAAGAAUACAACGAUAUACGACUUGGACCCAGCUUCCUGCAGUCCUUCCUGAGCUGUGUCCGAUCCCGCCGAGCUAGAAUCAUCCGGAGUUUCCUGCAGCCUUUCCCCAACCACAGGUGGCAGGUGCUCCCCUGGGGCGUAAAUGCCUACUAUUCAAUACCUGACCAUGUGGUGGUCUUCCCAGCUGGACUCCUCCAACCCCCGUUUUUCCACCCUGGCUACCCCAGAGCUGUGAACUUUGGCGCCGCCGGCAGCGUUAUGGCCCAUGAGCUGCUGCACAUCUUCUACCAGCUCCUAUUCCCUGGGGGCUGCCCAGCCUGUGACACCCAUGCCCUACAGGGGGCGCUAGUGUGCCUGGAGCGCCACUAUGCUGCCUUUCCAUUACCCAACGGGACCUUCUUCAAUGGCUCCCGCACAUUCCUGGAGGAUGCUGCAGACACGGGGGGACUGGCCAUUGCACUGCAGGCAUACAACAAGAGGCUAUUAUGGUACCGUGGGGAGACCACCCUGCCCAACCUGAACCUCAGCCCCUGGCAACUCUUCUUCCGAAGCUAUGCCCAGGUGAUGUGUAGGGACCCCAGCACCCAGGAUCCUCAGGACACUCACAGCCCUCCUACCCUUCGAAUCCACGGGCCCCUAAGCAACAGCCCAGCCUUCGCCAGACACUUCCACUGUCCCCACGGCACCCUCAUGCACCCCUCCAGCCGCUGCCAGCUCUGGUAACCCAGCUGGCUCCCAAAGAGACCUCAGUACAGGUGUAUCAGCAUCUCCCUGCCCCA